CCCCACGCCUUCAGUGAUCAUGUGUCAGAACAGGAGCCUUCAGCGGGCGGCAGCGCAGAGCUCAGGGAAAUGGUGAGAUGCUGCAGGUCUUUGCACAGCCCUCCGUCUUGCUACAAUCUCCACAGAGUUAGGGUUGAUGUGCGCCGGCUCCGGACGAUCAGCUCCACAGGAGCUGCCGGGGAGCAGGGGGGAGGCAACGGCGGCAACGUCUCAGGCCACGGGGCCCAAGCACUCAGCCACAGGAACCGAUUCAGGUUGCAGUUCCCUCAGUUGGCCUUGCGGCGUCGUCUUGGCCAGUUGAGCUGCAUGUCCCGGCCCGUCUUGCGGCUGCGCUCAUGGCCGCUCAGCUUCCUCUACUACUUCCUGACCUUCGGUGCACUCAAGCCCCUGGCCAAGGUUGGCUGGAGACCAACAAGCAGGGUUGCUCUGUACAAGACCAUCCCAACACGGCUGCUGUCUCGGGCCUGGGGUCGCCUGAACCAGGUGGAACUACCGACCUGGCUGAGAAAGCCAGUCUACAGUCUGUAUAUCUGGACGUUUGGCGUCAACAUGCAGGAGGCGGCUGUGGAAGACCUAAUUCAAUACAGGAACCUGGGAGAGUUCUUUAGACGGAAACUCAAACCGGCUGUCCGGCCCGUGUGCAACUCGCACUGCGUGAUCAGCCCAGCAGACGGGAAGAUCCUGCACUUUGGGCGGGUGCGGAACUGUGAGGUGGAGCAAGUCAAAGGAGUCACCUACUCUUUGGAGACCUUCCUAGGACCCCACACCUGGGCUGAGGCCAUCAACUGUACCAUCAAGCCAUCAAAUGAAGAGGACCCCAGCUCAUUCCAGGACCUGCUGGUGACUAAAGAGGGGAAUGAGCUGUUCCACUGUGUGGUGUACCUGGCUCCAGGAGACUACCACUGCUUCCACUCCCCCACAGACUGGAGGGUGGCCCACAGAAGACACUUCCCUGGCUCUCUGAUGUCAGUGAACCCUGGCGUGGCUCGCUGGAUCAAGGAACUGUUCUGCCAUAACGAGAGGGUGGUGCUGAGUGGAGAGUGGACGCACGGCUUCUUCUCCCUCACCGCUGUAGGGGCCACCAACGUGGGCUCCAUACGCAUCUACUUUGACAAGGAGCUUCGGACCAACAGCCCGCGCUACAGCAAAGGCUCGUACAACGACUUCAGCUACUUGUCUAACAACAACCAGGAGGGUGUGAGCAUGAGGAAAGGGGAGCACCUGGGAGAGUUCAACCUGGGCUCCACCAUCGUCCUGCUCUUCGAGGCUCCGCACGACUUCACCUUCAACCUGAAGGCCGGCCAGAAAAUCCGCUACGGAGAACCCCUGGGGACUAUGUGAGCCAAGAUGGCUGACCAGAGAGACGCUUUCUGGGGGAAACAGACUAAACUAUAAGAAACUGAUGGACACGCUAACGUGCGUGUACAGAUCCAAGGGGACUUGCGUGCGCACACACAAACACACACUCAUUCAUACACUGACAUUCAGUAAAUGUACUGUACAUUGAAAUUGAGCGAUGUACACCUACCAUACGAUGCACUGACUGACUCACAGCAAAAACUCACAAGCCACCACUGUUGCUUUAUUAACAAGGGGGUCUCCCUGUUCCAUUGACUAGUUUCAAUUAACUAUUUACUUAUUUUGACAAUUGAUUACGACCAGCAAAAGCAAGAUAGUUUACAUCUAUUAGUUACUUUUUUGUUCCAUAAGAAUAACAUAGCUUAAAUUUUAUUAGCAUCUUUUAUUUUAUUUUGAUACAUUUUACCCAUAUUGCCUUUUGUCAGGGGUCUCCUCGUCAAUGGGGAGUUCCUCUGAGGUUUCAGACACAAGCAGCACGAGCCUGAUUUAAAGAUCUGCUUAGUGCCGUGUAGCCCAACUCCUUUGUCCGUAGGCCAUACAUCACAAACAGAUCUGGGACUAGGCUAGCGAGCUGCGAGACGCAUCCACACACACAGGUAACCCCCCCUGUCACACUAAGCCACUAUCAUGUGGACAGGCUUCCCUAUAUAGUAUACACACCUACAGCAAACACACCGCGAAGAAGGAAUGUACUAGAGACUAUAUACAGAGUUACCCUCUUCCUUCUCUUUCCCUCCCUCCUUCUCUUUCCCUCCCUCCUUCUCUUUCCCUCCCUCCUUCUCUUUCCCUCCCUCCUUCACUCUGAUACUGAACGCCUUCCUCCUCUCCUUCUGUCUCAUACACUCUCCGUCCGCACUGCUGGCUCUCCCUCUUCUGCCAUCCCCAGAGAAGGUGCUUGUGUUGGGGUGAUUAUGUGGACUCUUCCCCCUUCCUGUCAUGGAGGUGAAGACUGGCACGAUUCCGCCCAGUCAAAUGUGUCUGGGUCGUAUUCAUUAGGCACCUGCAGGAAGAAAACUGUCUGAAACCAGCCAGGAGUAGCUGGACUUGGUCCAAUAGGAACCUCUUAUUUUCAGUGUGUGAUGAAAAAAAUAAAAUGUUUUGCUAUGGGUGUGCCCUAAUGAAAACUUCCCUGUUGUAUUAAGCCCAUAGUGUACGAUCUCUGCCAUGCAUUAUUCAUCAUCAUUAGAGGUAGCUAGCAGCGCUGCCUGCUGCCAAUUCUCCUGUAACCCUAACCGUAAAUGACUGCUAAAAGGGGUAUGUCACAUUUUAGAGUAGACAUUAACAUGUGAUGAUGACUUCAGCGAUUUCUGUGAAGAUGAUUUACGAUGACGUGUGUUAAUCUAACCCAAUUCAUCAAUGGACGAAAUCCUGAUGUAUUCCUCUGAAUGGAGCCAUUAAUUGUAUGCUGAUAUACAGCCAUCUGACCAUCAUUACAAAAACAAACCCGUGCCGAAGUGCAGCACUUGUGGUAGGAUCAUGGGAGAGAAUGUGCAAGCUGGUACUGGUAACUAUUACGUUUUGUCUUCUGCUGUUCAGUUGAAUUGGAAUAAGUUGUUAAACUGGAAGUUAUCUGCCAGUGAUAAUAUUCAAAUAAGUUGUGCUAAACCUUUUUAAGACUGUAAAACUUAUGCUGAUAUCGAUACUAACGAUUGUGACAACCUUCAGAUACCCAGGGCUGAGCUAUUUAAAGCUAUUUUUUUCUGUGUUUCUGUUUUAGAUUUUCUAGUAGUGCCAAAAAUACUAGUGUUUUUUUUGGGUUGUUUUUCGAUGUAUUCAAAAAAAUUGCUUU